AUCGUUGUAUUGUCAUGUGUUCGGCAACUGAUUAAAUGUCACUGUCAAAUUUCAUGCCAAAGAGAAGUGAGCAACAACAACGUUGUCUGUUCUUCUUUUUUUUCUGUUAAUGUUCGAGCCCUGUCACGCUCACGCCCAUAUGAUCACGCUGUCAAUGCAAACGAAAAUACCGUCUGCGGUACAUAUUGCUAACGAAUAAUCGACCUGUGCCGAGCCGUUCGGUUCAAAGGAAAAAAGCGAAAACUCGUUUGCAACCACAUUUCUGCGAAAUCUCUUUUUAACUAUUCAAUUAAAGAAAAUUUUAAUUACCAUUACAUUUAAUUGGUCGUGUAUGGUUUGAAGUUUAGCGCGCUCUCACACACACACACACACGCACACACCGACCGAGACACAAACACAUGCACAUACACAAGUGAUAAAAAUUUGACGUAAACACACAUAACCAUCGUGUGGCAGUGGAACAGUUUACAGUGGAAUUGCAGCCGUAGAAAUGUCUUUAGCACUUUUACUCAAAAUUAAUCGUUUUAUUCAACGUAUCGAAAAUGUGCUGCCGCAAAUAUUCGGACGAGGCUUUCCUCCAGAACCAAUGUGUGUAGUGGCUUGUCCAAAUUAUAUGCCAGCAGUCAAUGAGACGCAAUCAUCAACACCAUUUUCGCUGAAGGAUUUGAUCGGCGAUGGAAUUUUAUGGGCCGUACCAAAACAUCGAAAAUCAAUCGAACGACGGCUGAAGGCAAAAUAUGGCCAUCCAAGAUAUGUCAUGAAGAUUUACACACCAAAAACCACUUUGCGCAUUUGUGUGCAAUGUGGUCAUGAUCAUGAAGUCGGUGUACUGUGUCCUAACUGCUACAAACGUGUAAUGGACGAAACACAACAAAUGCAACAGAUAAUCGAGGAAAAACUCGGCUUGAAUCCAGACGACAAAGAGGUUGUUGUAUUGUACGAUGGCGAAAGAGAUAAGCCGGCCGAAUUUUGGGAAGGAAAACGUGUUGUCGAAAUGGAGAAACCACGACCCACUUGGUUUAGUAAGAAUUUAUUGCAGAAAACCACACAACCGGCGGCUAAAACAACAGAAGUCAAACCAACCAAUUUGGGUUAAACCUGCUAUUGUCUACAUACACACACAUUUGUUGAGCGUGUCAUUUUAGUUUACCACUUUUCAUAGAAAUGCGAAGAUAACAAAAAAUAAAAAUUAAAAAAGAGAGAAAGAAAAAGGAACAAAUUCAUUGAAAUUAA